GAUGAAACGGGCCGAAGCCCACGGAUCAAUGGUAGGCUUGUUGGAUUGAAGAAGAAAGUUUUUAUUGAGUGUAGACAUACGGUUCCUUUGUAAUUUCUUCCAUUCCGCUACAAAGUUGUUGUAAUCGUAAUCGCAAUCGCAGAUUCGCAGUUGCAUUGCAGCAGCAUAACAGGAGAAAGUAAUUCAGCAACCAAACCCUACUAGACGAGACAGAGAUGCCGAAAAAGAUGGGAGUGAAUUCUAAGGCCGAGGUGGCCAGGGCUCGGAAGACCGCCGCGGAAACGGAGAAAAAGGAGCGGGAGACUCGAGAGAAGGAAGAACAGUACUGGCGAGAGGCGGAGAGUUCAAAGCCACGCGCCGCCAAGAAGAGAGAGGAAGAGGCAGAUAAGAAGGCUGAGGCGGCGGCACGGCGUGCGGAGGUGCGUCGAUUGGCGGAGCUGGAGGAGAAAGAGCUGGAGAAGAUGAUUAAAAAGCCGGACAAGAAGGCGAACAGGGUGUCGAUCCCUGUGCCGAAGGUGACGGAGGCGGAGCUGAGGAAGCGGCGCGAGGAGGAACGGGCUCUGGCUCAGAAGAAGGCGGAGGAAUCGAAGAAUCGGUCGGCUGCGGAGGAGGAGUACGAGAGAGUGGUGCUUGUCUCGAAUACGAAUCGCGAUGAUUCGAUAAUCGAAGCAAGUACUCUUGACGAAGCCAUCGCUAAGAUGAGCAUCGAUAACAACUUACCUGUGGACAGGCAUCCUGAGAGGCGCCUCAAGGCUUCCUUCAAGGCAUUUGAAGAAGCUGAACUUCCUAAGUUGAAAGAAGAGAAACCGGGGCUUACUUACACACAAUACAAGGACAUGAUUUGGAAGCUUUGGAAGAAAUCUCCUGACAAUCCUCUUAAUCAAAUCGCUGCUGCUGAGUGAAUGAUUGAAUUCAAUGGUUCUUCAUAGCAUUUCCACCCUUAAAUCCAUGAUUACUUUGUCAUUAGCUCAUUAUUAUAUUGGUAUCCCUCUGUAAGCAGUAUAUGAGCUUGCUUCACUUUCUGUAAAUUAUUACAAACAUUAUUGUCAUUGCAUGGAAUUACACUUUCA